AUGGGCAAAGCACCAAAGAAGAAAUUCAGUACAUCAUCUGAUCCAACAUCUAAAAAAGUUGCUGCAGAAAAGCAUCUUAAUUCAGUGUUUAAGUUUAAUACCAAUUUAGGUCAACAUAUUUUAAAGAAUCCAUUAGUUGCACAAGGUAUUGUUGAUAAAGCACAAAUUAGACCAAGUGAUGUUGUAUUAGAAGUUGGUCCAGGUACUGGUAAUUUAACAGUUCGUAUAUUAGAAAAAGCACGUAAAGUUGUUGCAGUUGAAAUGGAUCCACGUAUGGCAGCUGAAUUAACUAAACGUGUUCAUGGAACUCCACAAGAAAAGAAAUUAGAAAUUUUAUUAGGAGAUUUUAUGAAGACUGAAUUACCUUAUUUUGAUAUUUGUAUUUCAAAUACUCCUUAUCAAAUUUCAUCACCUUUAGUAUUUAAAUUAUUAAAUCAACCACGUCCUCCAAGAGUUUCAAUUUUAAUGUUUCAAAGAGAAUUUGCUCAAAGAUUAGUUGCUAGACCAGGUGAAGAAUUAUAUUGUAGAUUAAGUGCAAAUGUUCAAAUGUGGGCUAAUGUAACUCAUAUUAUGAAAGUUGGUAAAAAUAAUUUUAGACCUCCUCCACAAGUUGAAUCAAGUGUGGUUAGAAUUGAAGUUAAAAAUCCAAGACCAAAUGUUGAUUUUAAUGAAUGGGAUGGAUUAUUAAGAAUUUGUUUUGUUAGAAAAAAUAAAACUAUUGCUGCUGGUUUUAAAUCAAAUAAUGUUAUUGAUAUUUUAGAGAAAAAUUAUAAAACUUUUUUGGCAACUCAGGAAAAUGAUGGUAUGAUGGAUGUCGAUGAUAAAAAUAGUUCCUUAAAAGAUGUUGUCAAAGAAAAAAUAACUAAAGUAUUAACUGAAACUGGUUUUGCUGAUAAAAGAUCAGGGAAAAUGGAUCAAGUUGAUUUCUUAAAAUUAUUAUACGCAUUCCAUCAAGUAGGUAUUCAUUUUGCUUAG